CCAGCAUUAAUUUUCCCCUAUUACCUUUGUCGGUCGUCCAGAUAUUUUUCCUUCACAUUUAAAUCCUCCAUUAUUGGAGUUCUUGUUUUUAACUCUGAUUGAUACAUGUGCUAUGCUGACCGUUCAAUUUACUGUCUUUCUUUAUCUUUUUUCGCUUUCCACCCAGUUUACCCCGAAUUUGGGCCAUCAUUCGUACCCGGAUGUCGAUUAGGGUUUUGUAUUCAAUGCGUUUUAACCCCAAUUCAGUGAUUUCAGAGACCGGCUUUUCUGUUUUGGAAUAAUUCAUAUUUGCCCAUUCUUUCCGUUUUUACGGUUUCUUUUUCUCACAUCUGUAAAUCAAGAAAAGGCUUGAGAACUGAGAUCGUUUACUUUUAACAUUUGAGCAAUGGUUCUGUGCUGCAGCUCUUGAUCUCGCUCUGAUCGACUGCAAUUUCAACUGGGUUCUCGUCGAAUCAUCCCGAAAUUUCAUGAUGGGUUCGAUCCGAUUGGAGGGUUCAAAGCAAUAUUAUGCCACCAGCAGUCUUGUAAUAGGCUAUGCUCUCUGCUCCAGCUUACUUGCUGUCAUCAACAAAUUCGCCAUUACCAAGUUUAAUUACCCCGGUCUCCUCACUGCUCUUCAAUACUUUACCUCAGCUUUGGGCGUUUGGCUUCUUGGGAAAUUCGGGUUUUUGCACCACGAUCCUUUCAUUCUCGAGACAGCAAAGAAGUUCCUGCCUGCAGCAUUGGUCUUUUACUUGGCAAUUUUCACGAAUACGAAUCUCCUUCGCCACGCCAAUGUGGAUACGUUUAUAGUUUUCAGAUCCUUGACUCCGCUCCUCGUAGCCAUUGCUGAUACCGCAUUUCGGAAGCAGCCGUGCCCGUCGAAACUCACAUUUCUUUCUUUGGUGAUCAUCUUGGGGGGUGCAAUCGGAUAUGUAGCUACUGAUAAUGGGUUCACAUUGACUGCAUAUUCGUGGGCUAUUGCAUAUUUGGUGACUAUUACGACGGAGAUGGUUUACAUCAAGCACAUGGUGACUAAUCUUGGGUUGAAUACUUGGGGAUUCGUGUUUUACAACAAUCUAUUGUCAUUGAUGAUGGCUCCCAUAUUUUGGAUUGUGACAGGGGAGUAUGUCGAUGUGUUUGCGGCAAUAACUUUGUCGAGUGGAUGGGAUUUGUUUGAGCCAAUUGCAUUUGUAGCUGUAUCUUUAUCUUGUGUGUUCGGGUUGCUUAUUAGUUUCUUUGGAUUCGCUGCCAGAAAGGCAAUUUCUGCAACUGCAUUUACAGUUACAGGGGUGGUGAACAAGUUUCUGACUGUUGCCAUCAAUGUGUUGAUUUGGGAUAAGCAUGCUACUCCUUUUGGUUUGGUUUGUUUGCUCCUGACUAUUGCUGGAGGAGUUCUAUAUCAGCAGUCUGUCACUGGAGUUGGGACUACUUCGAACCAAAGGGAGUCUCCUCCACCCAAGCAAGUGGAUAGUAAGAAUGAUAGUGAUGAAGAGAAAGGCAUUUCUGGUAAAAUUUCUCGUGUAUGAACAAUUUUGUGCUUGCAAAAACUGCUGAGAAGCAGCUGCAUAUUUUAAUUUACCGCAAAAGACUCAAAUAUUUGCGCUGUUAAUCUCAGAAUUUUCAUUAGGUUUCUUCCACUAUUCCAGUACUAGAUUACUUAUUCAAGCAUGCACUUUAACUUGUGAUUCACAAA